AAAAGACGUGCCUUGUAAUCCCUGUGCUUGGUUUUCCAUGGCUUCUAUCAGUUGCUAUUCAGUGUCACUGGUUUCCAUACCCAAAUCACCCAACCCAAGCAAAAUCCGACUCUUCCCCACAAAUCUUCAAAAUGCAAACUCGUUUACUCAUUCUGUUUUCAAUAAAUUCCGAAGACCCAGUAGCCGAGCUUGGAGCUCUCCUACAUCCUCCAUAGCCCAAGGAGAAGAAGCUCACAAACCACCUAAUGAGGAAUCCAUGAGUAUUGACAAUCUUCGUCGCUUCAUCAAUCUCAACUUGGGCAAGUGGAAUGGUUCCUUCUUUCAAUUUGAUGCGGGCGGGAAGUUGUUGCAAAAAGUGGAUACGAAGCUUGCUGCUAGCUCUUAUGGGGAGGAUGAACUCAUGAGUCUUAUUCAAUCAUUAUACAUUAAACAACCUCCAACAAGCACUUCGAGUUCUGGAUAUGAUGAUGAGCUGGAUUGGGCAGAGUAUAAAAUCAAAGAAACCAACAUGUUUACUGCUGACAAAUAUCAACAGCUUGGCUUCUUCCCCAGAGAGAGAGCAUUUUCUCUGAGGUACCAGACAGCUGGCAUGUUAGAAACUGUCUUAAGACAAGGGGUCUUAGGAGAAGAUGACAUAGGUGAAGAAUCACCAAAAAAUCUAAAGCUUCCCUCCCGUCGCCCUUCUAUUGUCUGUGAGAAUUGUAUAUAUUCACUGGAGAAAGAUAGCCGAGUAAGAGCAUUCCAUAUCAUGGACCCAAAAGGCAUUUUAGAAAUGCUUCUCAUCUUUGUUGAGGAAAGAGGUGAUGGGGUGUUUUUUCCUCCUUCACUUAGCAAUGACAUGGACAACACAAACAGGAUUCUACCAUUUCUUGGUAAGUGGAAAGGUCAUUCAAUAACAAAAAGGAGUGGUGUUUAUGGAUCGACAAUGGCUGAAGCUGAUAUAGUAGCAAUACUUGAAAUGAACGACCAUGGUCAACUUAUUCAGGACAUAAGUUCUACGUCUAGUGGGGGUGAUGUUACCACAAAAGUGGCUUGGACUGGAACCAAGUCAGACAACUUGGUUACUUUUGAUGGAGGAUACCAGAUAACACUCUUACCCGGUGGAAUCUACAUGGGAUGUCCUUGUGAUGUAGCAAAGAGUGUAGCAGAGUCUAAAUCAUUCCAUUUGGAAUUCUGCUGGCUUGAGUCACCUGGCAAAAGACAAAGAUUAGUUCGCACUUAUGAUGUUGAAGGCUUGGCCGUCUCCUCCACUUACUUCUAUGAGACCUUAGAAUGAACGAUGUGCUAGUGCAACGUUCUUUUUGGGGUAGAAAAAUGGAAUUCUACUACUCAUAAUUCACUCAAGCAAACUCUCCAGAGCAACAAACCCAUCUGACGGUGCCAGUUGGAGUUCGUUCCAGGUUUGUAUAUCAUUGUCAGGUAACUAAAAACUUUUUGUUUUCUUGGACCUGAAAAGUAAUUAAGAAAACAGGUCCCACAAUGUUGUAAAUGCAUAGAAUUGUUAUGCAUCUUAGGGGAAAAAAAAGAAAAAAAGGAAAAAGAAAAAAAGAAUAAGAUUGACAAAAUCAAAUUUCGUUGA